UAAUAUAUCUGAGGCUCCGGUCUGAGCCAUUCAAUCCUAUUCUUUUCUGGGAAUUUCAAAUGCUGUCUUAGUAUGCUUACCUUGACGUACUCGCUGCCGGUCUUUACUCGGCGGCUGGAAUUUACCGGAAUCUCCCACAUUAGAACCAGUGUAGUGGUAUGUGGAUUAAAGGGUCCAAGACCCAGAUACCCAAGAGUCUGGAAAGCCAAUAAGAAGAUUGGGACCAUUUCCAAAUCCCUCAAGCUCGUUGAGUGCGUUAAGGGUUUGUCAAAUGUGAAAGAGGAGGUUUAUGGGGCACUUGAUUCUUUCAUUGCUUGGGAAUUGGAAUUCCCUUUGAUUACAGUGAAGAAGGCAUUGAAGACUCUUGAGAAUCAGAAAGACUGGAAAAGGAUAAUUCAGGUAUCAAAAUGGAUGCUGAGCAAAGGUCAAGGAAGAACAAUGGGGACCUAUUUCACAUUAUUGAAUGCUUUAGCGGCGGAUGGGAGACUUGAAGAAGCUGAAGAGCUUUGGACAAAGCUGUUCUCGCAGUACUUGGAUAGCAUGCCUCGAACGUUCUUUGACAAAAUGAUUUCGAUUUACUAUGAGAAGGGCUUACAUGACAAGAUGUUUGAGAUAUUUGCUGACAUGGAGGAGCUUGGUAUCAAACCAAAUAUGUCAAUUGUUGACAAGGUUGGAGAUGUCUUUCAGAAGCUGGGUAUGAUGGACAAAUACGCUAAAUUGAAGAAGAAAUAUCCACCGCCAAAAUGGGAAAUUCGGUACAUCAAAGGAAAACGUGUUAGAAUUCAAGCAAACAAGCGAAGCAAUCUUGAUGGUGAUGACAAAAUGCUAAAUGAGGAGAAGGAAACAAUCCAAAGCUCAAAUGAAGUGUUAAAUGCUGACUCAAAUCCAGAUGAACAGAUUGUUGAAGCUGAGGAAGUGGACCAGAACUCGUCCAAUUUACUUGAGGAAGCUGGUACAAAUGUAGAUGAACUCAGGGUUGAAUCUAAAACCUCUUCUUGACCAGUCGGAUGCAUCAGAGGUUAUGAUAUGCCAUACCUUCUUAUCAUAUGGGAUGAGAAAGGUGCUCAAGGCAAAGGAAGACGUUCAGAAUGUGAUAUUGAGAAUCAUAACAUUGUGCUGUCUAGGAGAAACCUUAUUGUAUCCAACUAGUUUCUAAGA